AUGACAAUACUGAUGACUACAAUUUCAUGUAGUGAUGAUAUUGAUCGUGACCUUGAUACCUAUUUUGUACUAUUAUUUGAAAAUGCAGGAGAAAUUGUGUGUGAAGAUUUGUCAGUAGGAAUCUGUGCCUACUCAGUUGCUUCCUCCGGUAAUCGCUGCUCUUUGGAGACUUAUGAACCAAGUGAAGGAACAACAGGGUACCAAUGCAAGACCUUAGAGGUAGUAGUGGCAGAUAAUGGCAUAGCAAAUUUGAUUGAAAGUGAUGAGUGCAUAAGUGCUUGUGGAGCUGAUAGGAACUCUGUUGGCAUUUCUUCUGAUUCACUUCUUGAAUCAACAUUCACUUCUAAGCUUUGCUCUCAAGAAUGCUACCAAAAUUGCCCCAACAUUAUUGAUCUUUACUACAAUUUGGCUUUGGGAGAAGGUAAUUUCAUAACUUCAAAUGUUUUUAACUUUUAUGCAGUGUCAGUGUAA